UGAUUCAGGAGUCACUUCUACUAGCUCUUCAUUGAUCUCCCAGGUAUACUUUAUCGAUACCAUUUUGGAUCCAGAUGGGUCUCUCGCUUUGGCUGGUGCCCAAUCCCGCCCAAUUGCAACUUAUCCAAAAGGUGUUGCCAAAGCAGCCUAAGACACGUCCCGUGUCUGCAGCUUCCUACCCAGAUAUAACCCCUCAUAUCACACUGGCAAGCUCGGGAAAGGCAACGCAGGAUGCAAUCCUACGAGCCAUACCAUCUACUCUGCAUCCAAUUCCAGUCGAGUUCCAGAAGCUUGAAGUUGGUGAUCAUUAUUUUAGAUCAGUUUUCAUAUCUGUAAAGAAGACGACCGAACUCGUCGCGCUGCAUGAACAUAUUAUGGCUGCGCUCGACAGGGAUGGAGCAUCACCUUCAGCCCCAGCAUUUCCGCACAUGUCCAUCAGUUAUAUUGCAGAUGAAGAUGGGGAUGCUGAGCGGAAGAAGGCCGCUGAUGAGCUGCGGGCUAUCGCAGUUGUUGAGGCUUCAGAGACGGUCCUAGAUGAGGCAGAAACAGUUGUUCUUCGCUGUGGAGACUCUGAGGAAGGACAUGUGUGCCUUGCGAGAUUUGAAGGCACAGAAGUGUGGAUCGUCCAAUGUGAAGGACCAGUACAACACUGGCAAGUGUUACAUAAAAUAACAGUGACACCAGACGUUACCUAGGAUUGAGGACUAGGUUCAUGGUGAGAUGACUCGGAGACUCCAUCACUGCAGUCAUGGUAUCAGUUGCAAGGUGCGAGGAAUGAUUGGUAUGCGGACUAGAUCAAUGCGAAUGAAAGCAAGAGACGAGCAAAGCUGCCAGAUGAGCAGA